GCACCGGCGGUGAUUACCGGGGGCGGCUGCGUGCGCCAAGCGAGGCCUACAGCCAGGCACCAGACAGCUCGGCCUUUGCGGCUGUUGAACAGCUAGUUCCCCCCUCCCCCGAGCUGCAGCAGGCGCCAUGCUGGCCAAGCGCCUCCUGGGGCAGCUCCUCCGCAGACACAGUAAGGGGAGGGGAGCGAGGGGCUGCGGCGAUAUUAACCCUGGCGCCGCAGCACAAUCCGGAGAGGGGCAGUACGGCCGGGACCCCGCCGUGUCCCCCAGCAAGAGGCUCAAGGCCUCGGAGCCUGACCUGCGGCUCCGCUUCGCCAAGCUCUCCGAGAACGCGUCCGCCCCGUCCCGGGGCUCGGCUCGCGCCGCUGGCUACGACCUAUACAGUGCCUAUGACUAUGUGAUUCCUGCUAUGGAAAAGGCCAUAGUGAAAACUGACAUUCAGAUCUCCCUCCCUUCUGGAUGUUAUGGAAGAGUAGCCCCACGUUCUGGAUUAGCUGCAAAACACUUCAUAGAUGUUGGUGCUGGGGUCAUUGAUGAAGAUUACAGAGGAAAUGUUGGUGUUGUACUUUUUAAUUUCGGCAAGGAAGAUUUUGCAGUUAAAAAAGGAGACAGAAUUGCCCAGCUGAUCUGUGAACGCAUCUUCUAUCCUGAGCUGGAGGAAGUUCAAGUUCUGGAUGACACUGAACGUGGUAAAGGUGGCUUCGGUUCCACUGGCCAGAAUUGAAGAGAGGUGUUAGAUGUAAUAAAUUCUUACUGUAUUUGGAUUUUAUUGAUUAAAGGUUCUUUUUGUAAA